AUGCAGGCCACGGACUUUGUGGCAGAGUCAGACGACGAAGAGCAGAAGAUGCUCGAAGCGCUAGCGCUAGCCGAAGACCACUACCACUGCACUCUUCCAAGCAUCGAGUCCGCUGCAAGUUCUACAGAGGUCGAAGCCGGUGCGUCGAAGCAAGAGCAAAGGGCCGCUGGUAUGACAGUUAGAGAGCAGUGUCAUCAAGUUGCCAGUCAAACAGUUGGAGAGCAGUUGCAAGAAACAGGUACAACAGGUACCGAGCACACUGACGCCCCGGUAGUCACCGACAAAGAGCUACGCUACACACACGAUGCAGAUGAUCGACUGGACAAAGACGACAAGAACGUGCUGGCGGUCAAGACAUUAGUCGAAGUGGACUCGCGGACGUGGCCCGGUAUCAACAAACUGGGAGGCGCUGGCUGGAUCGUCCGUGUGUACAGAGAAAGCGAGCCAGAGGCUGUGUUCUAUGACGUGCGGUACGUCUUGGGCGGCUUUGAGCGUCACGUUGAGAGCAAAUGGGUUCACUCGUCCGAGCUUUUGUACCAGCACUCGAACCGGGAAAAAGUGGAUCGCGAUUAUUAUCAUGAUAACUUUAUCAAUAAACCGCAUGAGAGGAAACAGCGAGAGGCCGAACGGGGCAAACGCACAACAACGAGUCGCACUGAACGACAAAUAGGGCACUCGAGGAAACGAGAGCUUUUGACUCGAACGGACAAGCGGCAACAACAGCCAUAUCGGGGGGAAGCAGUUGAGAAACGCCGGAAAGUUGCCAAGAUUGACGAGGCGAUGUUUGUGCUGCUGGAGAGCACAAACAAGCCGCCAAGAGCGUCAAUUCCUCUACUUAGUGAUGGUGAAGAACCAGAGUAUCAAGGAACACUUGCUGCAGCAUCGAGCUUGAUCGUAAGGCAAUCGACACGACGACGACACCGUGUUGUGGACAGCAGUGGUGAAGAGAGCAGUGAUGAUGGCGGUGUGAGUGGUGACCGAAAUGAAGGUCCGGAUCGACCUGAACUUGUGCCGUCUACAGACGUAACUCGUAGCGAAGCACUGGUCGAUACAAGGAUCAAACAAGUCGGUCGUGAAGAAAUUGUGCACCGGCACGAGUCAAAAACAAGGCGCCGGCGUUACGUUGGUGGAUAUGAGAAGCACGGAGAAGAUGCGGAUGCCUUGUUCAUUCAGCCGGAAGGCGACCCAGCUGAUCUUCCGGACGACGUCAUUCGGGAAACUGGACUGAAGCUAGCAAGCACGAAGAAGGGCUUGAUGAAUCAACUCGAAGGCAUAUUUGCGCAGCAGCAAAAAAAUAUGGCUAGCUUUCACGACGAACAGAGCACGGUGAACGAGCGGGUCAAAGAAUUAGUAGAUAUGCCGUUGGAUGCUCUUCGGUCUUUGCGCAAUAAGGUUUGCGAUUUGCGGAAAUACGUGACAAAGACACUGGUCAAUGCAGGUGAGGAUGUGAUGAAUACGAUUAUAGGUAGUCUUCAUGCAAAGUGCGGGUCGCCGCCUAGUGCCCUGGAGCGUUUCGAGUGCGAUUAUGACGUCUGGCAAUGCAAGUUGAAUGAGUGUUCUUCAUGGGUACGAAGGGUUGAGAAUGCCGUGGAAAAUGCGCUUGCAACGUGGGGAGGAGGAGUUGAAGACGAGGAUGAAGAUUUGGCCAUGUCUCUGUCAGACAGUAGUGGGUCCAGCUACUCUUAUGGACAUGACGCUACCGAUACUGCAGCUGAGGUGACAAACGCGGAGACAUUGGUGCCCAGGAGCGAUGAGCUGAAGUUCUCUUCUGAUGGCGAGUCAAACAGCCACGACGAUAUGGAGCAAGUAGGUGGUGGCUUUGCACGCAUGCUGCGACCGAAAUUGCGUCGACCAAACCCUUGUCGGACUGCAACACCUCGUCAUCGGAACAACGUGACAAAACGAUCGACUAUGACUGACUAUUUCUCGCGGCAAGAAUCAAGUGCUGGCCUCUGGUCGAAUCUUCGAGUUGUCGGCCGACAAAGGAUAAAAAGCCCGACCGAUCCUCGCUGGAACUGGCUCAAAAUGGCACGCAAGAAGCAACGUUUUGCUGAGAGUGGCACUAUGCCGCGAAUCGCUGCGUCAUCGAUCGGUUUGGCUCGUGGAAACAAGGUCCAUAAAAGACGUUCCACCAGUGCAUCGCGCCAUGGCGACAGUAUGUCUACUCAAGCACAAAGAAUGCGCCUUCGCAACGAACGCUUCCGCUCGCGGCCAUCAUUGCUGCAUCGACCGCGCGAGUCGUUGUUUUCUUUUCAGCAGACGGGCAGGAUGAGCCAGCCUGCAAUCCCCGCAGGUCUCUCCCUCGGUGGUGUUCAACAAGAAAGGACUUUGCGGACAGCUGGAUCGGAGAAGUCGGUUGUGUAUUCGAGUGAUACAGAGCAGCUACCGAUAAACUGGGACGCCGUGUUUGAGGUCGUGUCGAGCGAUGUGAUCGCACCGAUCGACAGGGACACGGCUGCUGCUAUGUCGCGUCAAGAGCAAGAAGCGCUACUAGCAUUUGGUCAUGACAUUUGUGGCUCUCCAAGUCUUCAUCACACACUGUGCGAUGAAGAAUAUGAACUUGAGGACCGUGAUAGCGUGUGUGGCAUUGUUUCGCUUCAAGCAGCUUGUCUUCGUCAAAUUGUGAAUGACCUCCGGCUGCGAGAAAACAGUUUUAUGGACACCUUAUCGACGGAUGGGGUGGACGUUCGGGAAGAGGGCUAUGCACAAACACCAGAAUGGCAUUCGUUGAUCUCGCUUGAAGAAGCAUAUCACUCGGCAAUUGCAAAAUUUGCUGUCCAGGUAUUGGCGGGUAUGGAUACAAUCGAUCCGUCGGACUUGCCAAACUACCUUACAACAGCCUUGGGUGGAAUUGCAACGUUGAUUCGACAGCUUCCCGACUGUGAUUCCUUGUUCAAUGGGUGCAAAACCUAUUUCUUCUUUCUCGAGGUAACUUCGAGAAAUGCAACAUCAACGCCGCUUUUGACCGCAAUCUCACGGACGUAUUGGUAUUGUCUAAAGCUGCUGGUGGCCAUCCAAUCUAAGUGUGGAGCGCUAGUCGGACUAGGCACGACAACGAAGCAAGAGGUCGACGACAUUCUGGCGAAGGCAUUGCCUGUCAACCGAGUCAUCUUGGCCAUCGUGCUCUUCCUGUUUGACUUGUAUGUGUAUUUUCCGUCGUCUCACCGUGUGACGGCUAGAGGGAACAAUCGGUUAUCGUGUGGCCAAUUUCCAGCUCUGUCGCUGUGGGUGUUAGUCCGUACUUGCUGUACAAGUUCGAUCGGCCUGGACCAGUCCCGUCAAACCUCUUCGGUGACAAGAGAGAAGCGCUUCUGGGCUCUGCUGCAAGCAGUGUACCGGCAACGAUAUUUUGACGAGCUAGCUCGUUGUUUCGUCCGCGGCGAAUCUUGUGGAGGGUAUUUACGAAACGACGCGCCAAAAGCUGCCGAUGGCGAUACCGCUGAACAUUGUGACGAGGUUUUUGAAAGCCAGCUGCUGGCACUCGACGCGACUUGGAACUUGCUUAUUGUUUUGACACAAAUGUCUAUCGACGUUGACGAUAACGGACACGAAGAGGCAGUGUGUGACGCAAAGUGGGCUCUUGUGAAAGACCUUCUUCACCCGAACAAACGAGACUUCCUCCCGUUUGACCUAUCUCAUAGUCAAUGGCUCAAGUUGCAAUCGGAUUAUCGACAGCACGCCGAUGUUCACAAGCAGCACAUAUUGCAGCGCAUCACUUUGUUGUCGAAGCUAUGGUAUCCAUGCAAAGAUGUCGUUGAAACUAUUCUGCGCUUGCUAUGGAGGGAUCUUGCUGUACCACGCAACUCGGAGGACGUUGUCGAGCUGCCGAUGUUUCUGAAGCUGUUCAUCACUCGUUGCAAGGAUCUUGGAAACUCACGACCGAAGCUGGCUGCGUUUGCUGGAGAGGCCAGCUACGAUGAUGAAGACCAAGCAGCAAUGCUGUGCAAAAUCAUUUGGAUACAGCUGUUGAAACUUGAAAAGCGCGUUCAUCGCAGUCGCUUUCAGCGCUCGGUCUUGAACGCAAUAUCCGAUACUGCGGACAGCCAUGACCAGCGGCGGGGGAUAGCACAGCCUGAAGCAGCCAAACAAACCGAGCUGGAUAGACCAGGGCAAGAGUGGAAAUGGGGUCGUCCGGGACAGCGCACGUCUGCUGAUGUCCACCCAGCGACUCGACCGAUGGUAUCUCCAUCGCAAACUCCAGCAGGUUUCGAAGUUGAAAAGGAACGGAUGAGCACUGCAGUACUGCUCACGUUUGCUGUUGUUGGAGUCUGUGCGGAGUGUGGUGAUCAACAGCAGUUUGCAGUUCAGCGGGUGGAUAAGGAUGUCCGAUACAUGGAACGGGAGGUCGACUUUUACUGCAAGGAGAUCAUCCGUCGGACGUCAAAUGCACCUGAUCGUGAAGUGCUCGCAAGUCAAGCGCUCUAUGUACUGGGUGCCCUCCUUUUGGAAAAGAACUCGACCGAGUUUUUCGCAGUAUUUCGAGGUCUCAAUGACAGGCUCGAGUCUUCGAUGAAAAGCCUGCAAGCAAGCCCCUCAUCUGUUGUUCCAAAAGGGUCAGCAGGUAUUUGUAUGAACGCUGCUGACGCACAUGGCCUGAGUCGCAGUCGCCGACGAUUUCAGCGUGCUGCCAUGUCACCGCUCUACCAAAUGCGUGACCUGGUCAAGAAGGUAUUGGAGACACCUGUAUCCGACGUCAGAGUUGGACCUGCGUACGGACUUGCAGUUGAGAAGAGUCUCGAGCAUAUUUUUAGCUCAGGUAUAGAAGCGUGUCUGCAGGGUGUUCUUCAGAAGGCCGUCGCCAUCAAUGAUUUGAAGACCGUGAUGGAGAUUAUCCACCUCGUGCUUCCGCGUGAACCGGAUAAGCCCAAACGAUGUCUGACAUACGAGUUCGAUGAUUUCAAUGACGAGGCAUUCGCGGCCUUUGACUUGGACGGAGCGAUCGCUGGAUAUACUGCUGCUCCUGCCCCAGCAUGGACAGUGAAGGAGUGCAAGAAGAGAGUGAUUCAGCUGAUCACGAACAAUUUGCGAGGAGUGUUGCAGCAGCUCGUACUCAGCUACCCUCCAAGUGACGCUCCAGCGUGUGACGAAUUGUAUGCGGUUGAGUUGUUGGGUAUGAUGGUUUCUACGUGCGAGACGCAAUUCUUUUGGAGCAAUGUAACGUCUACGGUAAUGAAGACCCGAAAUCUUGCAUCACGCGUGUUAAGUGCUGCUUUGAAGUACAACUCGGAGAAGGAAUGGCUUGGCCGGGUCUUCUUGAGGCAAAGUGGAGCCGAUCACGAACUCAUUAUGGCGUGGCUUUUGGGAACGUUGGAUGUUCGUUCACUGAAUUCUGAACCAAUUCCUUUCGAGGUGGGUGAUGCGCCGUUCUCGAUAAGAGACUCAACGCUGUCUUUGGUAACAACAACAGCUUCGACUUCGUUACCUAGCAUCAGAUAUUCUGACUCCUGGGUCAUGCUGACGGAUGCAAUUAUCUAUCAACUGCUCCGCAAACAGCCAGUCGGGCUGUGCAAUGUGGAUCGACAGCUACUGCAGAUACUGCGUGAUGUAGCAUCCACGUGCAAGUUUCCGAGAGAAGUAUCUGCGAACGACGGUAGACUUCACGACGUGUCGACGUUGUACGAUCUUCAUCUGGACGUUUUCCAGUUAUUUUGUCGAAGUGCCGGCACGACAUGGCGUUCGUACGUUGCUGCGCCUGCAAAAAACUGGGAUGAGCUGAACAAGUUUCGUGCAAAGAUGGUGAACCCUCAGUCUGGAAUCUUCGUGUCGUUUCUCGAGGCAUAUAAGAUAAAUUUUCGGCGCGUCUGUGGUCAGAUUGACCAGAUGAAUCACAACUGGCAUUCGUUUGCCGAGUUGUUUCUUCGUCAGACUGGCGUGGGAACUAGCGAUGGACGUUCGUACCACGAAAUGGACGACACGAUGAAGUCAGCCGACGAGAGGCUAACGGGGCUGACGACAAUGUUUCGCUUCACGUACCAGUGCAUGGAUGCAUUUUUGUUCUACUGUGGUGACAUGGCGAUCGGAGACACGAAUCUUUUUUUCGACGCGAUGGAGUUGCUUUUCCGUCAAGCGAACAACGCUGAGUACCCGCAAGCAAUAAAGCGACUGGAGGAUCAACGACUUUUCGGCCAGCGAAAUGUGUUGCGCGACGCCAACGACGAUCUCCGCAAAGGUUUCUGUCCACCUGCUGUUAGGUUCGUUGACAGUGUUCAGUUGUUUUUUGCACGACAGAAGUAUCCGAGCUUGUUGCAUUGGUUUGCACAGACCUCGGACAUCUACCAAACUUGCAAAGGCGGGUGGCAGCGAUCUCCGUUGAGAACGUUGUUGAUGAACGUUUUGGACCGAGAUGGACCUCUCGGAAUCCACAGUUACUAUGGUGUGUCUAGCGACCUGAGUCCUGAUGUGAGGACAGUCCGCCGUGAAGCGUUUUAUCUAUCGUGUGGCUUGUUUGAUUGUCGAUGCACGAGAUCAUUCGAGCAUUCUCGAGCUGAACCUUCACCGAUGUCGCGUGUCCGCCUCCAGCAGCUUCGAAAACUUGUUCUGAAUGACUACGUGAGGGAAACGGUCGUCUUUGUGCUACAAGAAGGCGUAACAUCCUUGUUGGAAACGAUGGUACCUCUGUGCCAGUUCGUACGGGGCGUCCUGAAUCAUGCCAAUUUGAACAUGAACAACCCUCGAGCUGACCAAGCUGGGUGCAAUGAGAGUAGUUCUACAACUCACGAUUUCCAUCUAAGCGAGGUCCAGCCAUGCUUGGAAUGGAUGGUUGCGUGCCUCAUCAAGCUCGUACCUGCCGUCAACAGCACUAUCAGCUGCGUGUUAGUGGUCGAACUGUGCGGCAUCGUGUGCGAAGCCGUUGCGUUCAAUCAAUACCGGCCGAUGUUGGAGUUGAUUGACUUGGUUGAGGUUGUGCUCUCUUAUCUGCAGGCAAUAUACAUGGCGCUAUCGAAGACGACGUCUGCUGUCGCACGUGCGUUGUUUGCUCCCAGCGUUGAGAUAUCGCCGUGGACAAAGCUGAGUGAAUAUCGGUUCUCUGAUUCCGCCUUCCGUGAGAUUGCGGUAGACGAAAGCUAUUGUCAAACUCCGGGUCGGCAAACGGAUUCGUACGGAAUUGAUAUGGCACAAGCAGUUGCAGACCUCCUGGCUGCAAUCGCGCGUGUUGCUCAGCAGUGCCAUGCGUCAUCAGACGAGCGGCUUCGCAGUCUUACAACAGCAUCGUUAUAG